UCCUGAAAGAGAGCCCUAAUUAACUGUAACAACGAAACCUAAGACCCUUCCUUAAACCCUCCACCGGAGCGAUGGCUCAGGCUAUUCGAGCUGCCCGACGAUCAAUUCUCUUUCCUUCCAGAGCCCUAAUGGAUCGACUCCAGCAACAGCAAUUUUCUGGCCAACCAAACGGGUUCAUACCCAAUUUUCUCGCCCAAAACCGGACCCGUAUGUCGACCCAGACAGCCCAGAAGUCGCCCUUCGAAUCGAUCUUACUCAGGGUCCUGCGCAACGAGAUCCAGUACCAUUCCGAGUACGCUCCUCCCCACCAGCUUGCUACGAGAUUUAAAGAGUUCGAGGUGGAAGAUCAACCUGGUGAGCAGUGGAUUACACUGAAGGGAAAAUUUGGAGAGAAUGAAACUAUAAAAAUUGAGGCUACAAUGUUUGAUGGAUCUGUUAUGGUUCCCAAAUCUGGCGAUGAUAGUACUACAGAAGAUAUGCAUCUACAUAUAAGUGUGCUAGUUGAUAUAUCGAAGGAAGAAGGAUGUGAUCUGGAGUUUGUCUGUUCUGCUUGGCCAGAUCAUAUUGAGAUUCAGAAAGUUUACAUCUUUAGGCGUGAGGGAUCUCUAGCUCAACCUUAUAUGGGACCUAACUUUGGGGAUUUGGACAAUAAGCUUCAGAAUGCACUCUCUGAGUUCCUGAAGGCAAGGGGGGUAAAUGAUGACUUUUCUAUUUUCUUGCAUCAAUUUAUGAUGAACAAGGAUAGAGCUGAGCUUAUUCAGUGGUUCAAAAAUGUGGAGUUAUUUGUUGAUAAGUAGAAGAUUCUAGAUACUUUCAUGUUCCUUAAUGUAAGAUUUUGUGUUUUGAAUGUUUCCAUGAUUAAAGAAGGUCUCCUAUGUUCAAGCAUGCAACUCCUUUAGCAUGUUGGACCUGGAAAUCCACAUAAUUCUAUGUUUCUCAGUGCAUUAUGACUAACUUAUCUAGUUUACAGAUGUACCAAGGACUUGGGGUACCAUAGUCCUGAUCUAUGGAUUCCUCGGUUCCACAAAUUAAGUUCUUAUGGUCUUUCCCAGUGAGUCAUUU